AUGAGUCAAUACGUGCAUGUACCAAAAUCAGAACUCGACGAAGCUCAGCUGCGCCAGCUGGAGGAGCACGAAAUCAGCCAGGGACCCCUUUCAGUUCUGCAACAGGCAGUCCGCAACCACGCCCAAGUCCUCAUCUCUUUGCGGAAUAACAAGAAGCUUCUCGCUCGUGUAAAGGCCUUUGAUCGCCACAGUAAUAUGGUACUUGAAAACGUCAAAGAGAUGUGGACCGAAGUCCCAAAGGGUAAGAACAAGAAGCCAGUCAACAAGGAUCGGUUUAUCAGUAAAAUGUUCUUGCGUGGAGACUCGGUAAUUCUUAUUCUGCGCAACCAAGCUUAG